UCACACCAAACAAUAACAACACCAGUUCAUCAAAAAAAAAGCUCACACUUCACUGCAACUACUGCACGACCCUCUCCACCUCCUCUAUCUUCUCCUGAUCAUCACCAAGAAGGCCAUGAGAGAGAAGCGGUUCGCCGUGCUCUUAGCGGCGAGAGACUCCGACUACGUGAAGAAGGUGCAUGGAGGCUACUUCGACGUCUUCGUCGCCGCGUUCGGCGACGGGGGUGAGAGGUGGGACUACUUUCGCGUCGUCGACGGGGAAUUCCCCGCGUUCAACAAGCUCGACGCCUACGACGGCUUCGUGCUCAGCGGAAGUCCCCAUGAUGCUUAUGGCAAUGAGAGAUGGAUCUCGAAGCUUUGUCUCUUGCUCCAAACCUUGUUUGCUUUGAAGAAGAGAGUGCUUGGGGUUUGCUUUGGCCACCAACUUUUGUGCCGGGCACUUGGAGGGAGGGUUGGAAGGGCCAUUGGAGGGUGGGAGAUUGGAGUUAAGAGGGUGAAUUUUGUGGAGAAUUUGGGCAAGUUCAAAUCUUUUGGGCAUUUGGAUGUGGUUCCUCAUAGUGCUUCACUCAUAGAGAUCCACCAAGAUGAGGUGUGGGAGGUGCCGUUGGAGGGUGAGAUUAUGGCCUACUCAGAGAACACCAACGUCGAGAUGUUCGCGAUCGGAGAACACAUACUGGGGAUUCAGGGCCACCCCGAAUACACGAAAGAUAUAUUACUCAACCUCAUUGACCGGCUCAUCAACACCAACACCAUUGAUAGAGGUUUUGGUGAUGAAGCUAAGAAGAGAGUGGAUGCUGCAGAGCCUGAUAGGAAGUUUUGGUUAAAAAUUUGCAAGGGAUUUCUCAAGGGAGCAAGAUAGUGGCAAAAUUAAUGUCCAAUUUUAUUAUUAUUAUUAUUAUUAUUUUUUUAUAUGCAUUUAUAUUUAGUAUGAUUUAAUGAGAGAGCAUAUUAAUUUCUCUCUAUUGUGAGUUGUAUUACAAGCACUACAAAAAAAAUCUUAUAUUUAAGGACGUUCUUUUUUAUAUUUUACGACGCUUAAAAGCGUCCCAAUGUAUU